AUGCCCAAUCCUGGAUUUGUGCCGUUGUCGGCAGAUCCCGAUGCAGAGGAGGGGAACGAGAUCAUCGACAGUGUUACUCGAGCCGAAUUUGAGGACACACAAAGGGAGAACCGUGAGUUCCGGCGCCGCCUUAUGGAGUAUGAGAACGAGCGUCGCAACAUGCAGCGGGCUGCGGCGAACUCACCGUCGAACAAUGGAGGAGAGGGCAGCAGCAACCUGGCAAACUCCCCCGACAUUGGCCAAGCCGAGGAUGCACCGCUGGAUGGGAGCGGGCAGGCAGGUGCGGGUGGGAACGCAACGCGCAAUAACGGUGUGGCAGCUGCUACUAUGCUGCCACCGGUCCCCAGCGUCCUUCGUGUGGAGCCGAACCGAAAUGCCAUCCAAAACGCGGUGAAGCUGGCGCACAAGCGAGGCGUCAUACUGGACCUGCAACAACUGUCAAGCAUGCAGCUGACGUGGGCUCACCGCUACGCCGCCGCCUUGGCGGGCGUCCCCGACAUGCACAACGGUUUUAAGGGAGCGGCGAAGCGUGCAGUGGAAAUCAUGUACUUCGAGAUGCCCGAUGUCGACCUUGAGUAUUGGACGCCGCGAGACACCAACAUCACCGCACUUUGCACCGAUAUCGGUAUCACCGAUGCUGACUACGUUGCGAAAGUGCGGCUGGUCAUGGAGAACGAGAAAACGCGCCCGGGCCACCUCCGAAAGCAGCAUUAG